ACGCACCUCAGUGAGCAGUCAGCGGUCACGCGAGACGUGUCAAGUAAUACGUACUUCUCCUAAAAGUUCACUCUCAUCAGUUUUUUUUUAUCAUCAGAAAUUGAAAAACACUGCACCAAUUUAUUUGAGUGAGUGACUCCUCAUCGCCUCCAGUGCAUUCCCACUCCCGGUGUUGUUGAUAUUUGAUUGACCCUUCGAUUUGGAAAAACUAGAGUGAUAAACACACGUGAGUGAUCCAAGUGGAAUUUAUUUAUCGUUCUAAUAAUCAUGUGCUGUGGAUUUUUCGGGUAAUUAUCAGAAAAAUUUUGAUCGCUGAGUCAUUAAAAAAUGAUUUCUCGUGAUGCCGCGGGCCCGGAGAUGAAGCAAUGAUUUUCGCUGGAGAUACUUCCUUCCAGGAGGCGCAUUUGUGUACUUGAAAUUUGUGUUUUUUUUUAGUUCAUUGUUUUCAGUGCAAGUGAUCUUAUGGUUUCAGUUUAUGAAUUGGAAAAUCACCGAUUAUUCAGUGGAUGGUUGAUACAGUUUAAGUUUUUGCUCGAGGAUCAUUCGUUAAUUAUGGAUGCAAGAGUUUCGAAGGAUACUACUGUAUUUUGGAUUUUUUGUUCGUGAGCAGAAUCUCCCAUUCAUCAAGUGGGAACCGCCGUUUUGCUAAUUUCAAGAAGGCAUACGGAAUGGAGAGUUCCUGUGGGAAAAACAACAAUGUGAGGAGGAGAGGUUGUAGCGGUAAAUUCGGAGUGGAAAUCGUGAGGAAAACCACUAGCACUGCCAGAACGACAUCCUGUAACGAGAGGAUACAGCGACAGACUACUUGCAGAAUAAAUAUGAAGAAUCCAAUGAGUGGAUUAAAAUGGAGCAUUCUCCUUCUAACAACUGUAUGCCUCAUCACAACAGCGCAAUCCGGCUUCUGUCCAACAGACUGCACCUGCGACGAUGACACCCUAGUUGUAUCUUGCAUUGGAGUUAGCCUAGACGUAAUCCCAAUUGCCCUUAAUCCAUCAACCCAACGGAUAGUCUUGAAGGAGAGCAGAAUACGUAUGGUUGAUGCAGCGGCAUUUCAAUUCUACGGUGAUUUAAAAAUUGUUGAUCUUUCGAGUAAUCAUCUCGUAACAAUACCCGACGCUAGUUUUGCUGCACAAAAGAAUCUUGUUGAACUUCAUUUGAUGCACAAUAAGAUAUCAGCAUUAACAGAAAAGACAUUUCAAGGAUUAGUAUCGCUAACAGUGUUAAAUCUCCGUCACAACUACUUGGAGACCCUGUCAAAUGGUCUAUUUACUUCUCUAACAAGACUAGAGGAACUGGAUCUAGGUGAGAAUAGAAUAUGCGAGGUUGAGCCUGGCGCAUUUCAAAAGCUUGGAUCACUGAGAGUACUCUAUCUUGAUGACAAUCAGCUCAAGUCUAUUCCAUCACCGGCAUUAGCACCCUUAAAUGCACUUGCUGAACUACAUAUUGGAUUGAAUGUAUUUUCAUCCUUACCGGAUGAUGGUUUCAAGGGUUUAGAGAGACUUGCUGUACUCGAUGUCAUGGGGGCUGGUCUGGAUAAUAUUAGUGAGGGUGCAUUCCGUGGAUUAACGUCAUUACGUACACUCAAACUUGGUGAUAAUAAGUUGAGAGAAGUGCCAACAAAACAGUUGUCGAUAUUAACGAGACUGGAGGAGUUGACAUUAGGACAGAAUUCCUUCACAAUGCUGAGGUCCGGGGCAUUUCAGGGUCUUUCCAAUCUUAAAAAACUCGAUAUAUCGGGGGCUAAACUACUGACAACCCUGGAACGAGGAACAUUCUCGGAUAAUGGUAAUUUAGAGACACUGAUACUCAAGAGCAAUCGAAAACUGACGACCCUCGAGGAGGGUGCACUAGCCGGACUUCCUAAUUUGAGACACCUGAUCCUUCGGAACAAUGCAUUUGUUACAUUCCCGGAGGGUCUUGUUUCAUGGAAUGAGUUACACAAGUUUGAUAUCAGUGAGAAUCCGUUGAUAUGUGAUUGCAGUUUACACUGGUUGGCUUCGUUUCUCGCACCGAAGAAUACCAGCGCUGUUAUGUGCGCUGAACCGCUGGAGAUCAGGCAGAUGCCGUUGAAGGGAAUGACUUCUGAUGAAUUGGGAUGUGCCUUCUCAGAUCCUAGAAAACAAGCGGUCCUGCUGACUAUUAUUGUCGUGUGUCUCUGCAUCAUCGCUGGUCUGGCCCUUGUCCUGUAUUACCGAUGCCGGAAGAGGGUCAGGGAUGCCCUCAAGGAUUACAAGUGGAAGAAUCGCGCCAUCUCGAGGAAAGAGCAUGAGUAUCAGAAGACAUUCUCUGAUGAUGAGUACAUUGUAAGGGCCGCUCAUGGACACCAUCAUCAUAUCAAUAAUCAAGGGCCACUUCAUCAUGGACAAUUUGCACAGCAACAUCAACAGGUAUCGUCUGGAAUAAAAUCCAUUCCGGUUACGGAACUGUAGCUAGAGCUACGGGCAGCGAGCCCUGGUAAUGGUGGUGUUUGGUUUUUACCACAUGGUGGUACAACACCGGCCGAGGGCUUCACUUAUAUCGAUGGUGAAACGGCGCGACAAAUGCGUCGUACUGGUACGCUGCCCGGU